AUGCGCAGGUGCGGCUCUCCCACUCCACUACACCAAUGGCGGCCGGCCUUGGGGGUGGAGCCUGGGGCGGCGCGCGCCGCAGUUCCCGGCGCCCGCUCCUGUGCGUUAGUCUUGCACUGUUGUGAUCACGUGGCCGGCUACGGGCGCGGCGCUCGUUUUGGUUUCCGUCUGACUAGCCCCUGGCCCUUUAGGGCUUACAGCAAUAUAGUGACUCUUGGCAAAGAUGAGUUUCUUCUCCACCUGGUGGAUAUAGCAAGGCAGGAUGAGUACAGCAUUCUGCCCUACUCAUUCGUCAUGGGGGUCCACGGUGAUGUGCUUGUGUAUUCGGUCACCUCUCUGCAUAACUUCCAGGUCAUUGAGAAUAUGUACCAAAAGCUGCAUGAAGGUCAUGGGAAAACUCGGAUGCCUGUUUUGCUAGUGGGGAACAAGGCAGUCUCACCAGAGAGGGAGGUCCAGGCAGCUGAAGGGAAGAAGCUGGCAGAGUCUUGGGGUGCGAUUAUGGAGUCAUCUGCUUGAGACAAUCAGCUGAUUCAAGGCCUCUUCUCCAGAGCCCUCCAGGAGACUGAGCGGGUAGAGAACGCCUAUGGACGAGAGCGUCACUGCAGGCUCCUCCAACACAUACAGCAUGGAGUAGUGGUCUUGAGUUGGGACCUGGCACUUGCCAGGUUCCAGCAGGGGCAAAACCACAGGACUUCAUGGGUAUGGCUUCUGGCUGUGCCUCUGGCCCUCUGGGCAUACAGUGUGGUACCCUCAUGUUGCACACUUUACCCAGGCUACAGUGGUCUGGUUGUGUGUUUACAAAGGGGCAAGGGUGGCUCGUGGCACUGACCUCUAACCUGCUUUCUGCUAGAUGAGCUGUUCCAGCCUGCAGCGUUGGAACGUGAUUCUUGGGCAUCAUCGUUUAUUUAGGACCCAGUCUCCAGUGUGAGAGGAGCUUUGAUACCUGAAGUGGAGCUGGCUCCCUAGGGUUGACGAUAUACAUAAGCAAAUAAACUGAGGAAUCUUUUUAUCAUUACUUUCUCUGCCUCUGGGGAGAGCUGUGGCCAGUACACUUUUUGCUGACCUUUGAUGGGAAAUCCAGGCUAAUUCUUUUCUCCUACCUCAUGUCUAUUCCUUAUUCCUCACCCACCCAGGACCAUUGCCAUAACACUCACUACUUGCCUUUCCCACCUUUCUUUCUACUAACUUUUUCCUCUGUAGGUACCAGUUGGCGCCACUCCCAUCCAAAUGUAUAGGUCUUUAAGGUCCCUUGACUGCAGAAACACCGCCCUCUAGUGGCCAGCUGCCACAUGCUGCCCCAGCAUCCAUCCUGGGGCCUUAGCAUUUGCUGGAACUGAGAGAGGGUAGGGGUUGGAGAGGAGGAAGGAUGCACCUCAUUUCCAACAUGGAAGAAUUGAGGAGUGGAGAGGUGGGGACUAAAGUGCUAGGAAGAAUCUGGCUUUCCAAGAGUUAAGAAAUAAUGCCCCUGGUUUGUAUCCAAGAGUUAAGAAAUAAUGCCCCUGGUUUCCCUCCAUGUCUCCGGUGUCUUUCAUUAAAAUGGAUGUUUUUAUGCUUUUGGUUUUUGUGCUUUUCAGACC